AGUUUAUACAAGGGAAAAUACAUCUCCAAGUCUUUCCCAUAUCCUUCAAGUAUAUUAGUAUUGGCAUCUCUCUUUCUCUUUCUCUUUUCUUCUUUCUUCCUUAAUAGUAACUCAACAAACGAUCAAAAAGAUCAGAUCCAAAGGAGGUUUUUUAUCUGUCCAUCCUCAAAAUCCCACUGAUCAGUCAAUCCCAUCAAUCAAAUCAAACCAAAAACCUCAGCGAGAGAGAGAGAGAGAGAGAGAGAUUUGACAAAAAUGUCCGCCUCAUCCACUCAUGCCUUUUCACCGGACCACCUCUCCCCCUCCGAACAGCUCUGUUACGUCCAUUGCAACUUCUGUGACACUGUCCUUGCGGUGAGUGUUCCUUGCACUAGUCUGUUCAAGACCGUCACAGUUCGAUGUGGUCACUGCACCAACCUCCUCUCUGUGAACAUGCGUGGCCUUCUCUUUCCUUCAGCUAACCAGCUUCAUCUUGGUCAUGCUUUCUUCAGUUCUCCUCAAAAUCUUCUGGAGGAUAUCCGAAGCUCACCACCAAACAUGAUGAUCAAUCAGCCAAACCCAAAUGAGUCAAUGAUGCCAGUUAGAGUUGGAACUGAUCUUGAGGAAAUCCCUAAGCCUCCUGUUGUUACUAGACCUCCGGAGAAGAGACAGAGAGUCCCAUCUGCCUACAACCGCUUCAUCAAGGACGAGAUCCAACGAAUUAAAGCCGGGAAUCCUGAUAUAAGCCACAGAGAGGCCUUUAGUGCUGCAGCUAAAAAUUGGGCCCACUUCCCACACAUCCACUUCGGACUUCUGCCUGAUCAACCCGUGAAGAGAACUAACGUGCGUCAACCGGAAAGUGAGGAUGUGCUCGUGAAAGAUGGGUUUUUAGCGCCAGCCAAUGUGGGUGUCUCUCCCUACUAAGAAGUGUACUGGUAGUGUGCCUUUGUGUUCUUGUCUCUUCUUUAACUGCUACUUGAAAACUUUUCUAGUUCUUCUAAUGGGACUUUUUGUUUAAUGUUUGGGUUGCUUUGGUCUAUGUUAUAUAUUUGUGGAAGUACAUUUUGAAGUCUAUUAAAUGUUGGUGAACCCUUAUCCUCA